AUGUUUAUCUAUCUAUCUAUCUAUCUAUCUAUCUAUCUAUCUAUCUAUAACAGACAUUCAUUCAUCUCUCUCUCUCUCUCUCUCUCUCUGCCUAGUAAUCUAAUAUCCUCUCUCAGUCUAUCUAUCUAUCUAUCUAUCUAUCUCUCUAUCUAUCUAUCUAUCUCUCAUCUCUCUUAUAUUUCUCUCUCCAUGUUUAUCUCUCUCUCUCUCUCUCUAUCUAAGACAUUUCAUUUAUCUCUCUCUCUCUCUUUACAUUCAUUUUCUCUCUCUCUCUCUCUCUCUGCCUCUGAACAUAAUGUAUCCUCAGUCUGUCCAUGUUUAUCUAUCUAUCUAUCUAUCUAUCUAUCUAUCUAUCUAUCUAUCUAUAACAGACAUUUAUUUGUCUCUCUCUCUCUCUCUCUCUGCCUCUCUCUGAACGUAAUGUAUCCUCAGUCUCUUCAUGUUUAUGUUUAUCUAUCUAUCUAUCUAUCUAUCUAUCUAUCUAUCUAUCUAUAA